ACAGCUUCAACCCUUCACGUGAAAGUGAAACUAUUUGACUUUUCCUAUCUCUCGGAGGUGAAAUGGCGCAGCGAGGAAUUCAGAUGGACCGGGAAAAACUCUGCUGUUCCAUCUGUUUGGAUCUACUGAAGGAUCCAGUGACUAUUCCCUGUGGACACAACUACUGUAUGAGCUGUAUUAAAAGUCACUGGGAUCAAGAGGAUCAGAGGAGGAUCCACAGCUGUCCUCAGUGCAGACAGGAUUUCAUACCAAGACCUGUCCUGGUGAAAAACACCAUGUUAGCAGAGUUAGUGGAGGAACUGAAGAAGACUGGACUCCAAGCUGCUCCAGCUGAUCACUGCUAUGCCGGACCUGAAGAUGUGGCCUGUGAUUUCUGCACUGGGAGAAAGCUGAAAGCUCUCAGGUCCUGUCUGCAGUGUCUGGUCUCUUACUGUGAGCAGCACCUCCAGCCUCACUAUGAAUCCCCUGCUUUUGAAAAACAUAAACUGGUCGACGCCUCCAAGAAGCUCCAGGAGAACAUCUGCUCUCGUCAUGAUGAAGUGAUGAAGAUUUUCUGCCGCACUGAUCAGCAGUGUAUCUGUUAUCUCUGCUCCAUGGAUGAACAUAAAAGCCACGACACUGUCUCAGCUGCAGCGGAAAGGGCUGACAAGCAGGGAGAUCUCAUGCUGAAUCAGCAAAAAAUCCAGCAGAGGAUCCAGGACAGAGAGGAGGUCGUAAAGGUGCUUCAGCAGGAGGUAAAGGCUACCAAUCGCUCUGCUGAUAAAGCAGUGAAGGACUGUGAUGAGAUCUUCACUCAGCUGAUCCGUCUCAUGGAGAAAAGAAGCUCUGAUCUGAAGCAGCAGAUCAGAUCGCAGCAGAAAACUGAGGUCAGUCGAGUCAAAGCGCUUCAGGAGAAACUGCAGCAGGAGAUCACUGAGCUGAAGAGGAAAGAUGAUGAGCUGCAGCAAAUGUCACGCACAGAAGAUCACAUCCAGUUCCUACACAAUUACCCAUCGCUUUCAAAUCUCACUGACUCUCCAGACUCACCCAGCAUCAAUAUCCGUCCUCUGCGAUACUUUGAGGAUGUGAUGGCAGCUGCGUCAGAAGCCAGAGACAAACUCCAGGACAUUCUUAAAGAGGAAUGGACCAAGAUCUCACUGACUGUGGCUGAUGUGGACAUUUUACUGCCGCCAGCAGAGCCCAGGACCAGAGCUGAAUUCUUAAGAUAUUCCCAACAAAUCACACUGAAUCCAAACACGGCAAAUACACGGCUGCUAUUAUCUGAGGGGAACAGAAAAGCAACAGUGACGUUUGAAGAACAGUUUUAUUCUCCUAACCUGGAAAGAUUCAUCCACUUGUUUCAGGUCCUGAGCAGAGAGAGUCUGACCAGACCUUGUUACUGGGAGGUGGAGUGGAGUGGACGAGGAGUUUCAGUAGCAGUCACAUACAAGGACAUCAGCAGAACAGGAGAUGAAAGUUUGUUUGGAAACAAUGAUAAGUCUUGGGCUUUAGCAUGUUUCAACAAAAGUUAUGAAUUCAGACAUGACAGCAUCCGCACUGCCGUCUCAAGCCCUCGGUCCUCCAGAGUAGGAGUGUACCUGGAUCACAGAGCAGGUGUUCUGUCCUUCUACAGCGUCUCUGAAUCCAUGACUCUCCUGCACAGAGUCCAGACCACAUUCACUCAGCCUCUCUACGCUGGACUUAGGGCUCAUUACAUUGGAUCCACAGCUGAGCUGUGUGAGCUCAAGUAGACUGGAUCUAUUAAAAAGGUAAUAGGUGAGAUUCUCUUUUUACUGUUUAAUGGAUUUUGAUUCAGUUUUGUUGCUCAGCUCUCUUUGCUGUGGAGUUUUUGUGCCGGACUUUCCAGAGAUCACCUGCCCAUCAGGUGACUUUGAUGUCUUCUUCUUCAAGUUUCUAUUGAUGCAUUGUGCUGCUGUAUUCUUUGUCUUUUUAGCCAUUUUAAAAUUCCUCUCCAGACAUGUUUUAAACUAUGUUAAAUACUCUGCUAUGAUUAAUAUUUUGUUGAACAUGGUUUUCACACAUAAAAAGUGGAAAACAAAAAAGGAGAACUGGGGCAGAAGCACAUCUACUCUUACUUCCUCAUAGAGAAAUUCUGGAUCAGGCCUUGUGACCCGCCCCCCGACUACUGCUAGGUUGGCAGGUGGAAAAUAAGAGAGUAUCAAUAUGAUUAGAGGAGGAAACAUCAGAGAUACUCCGCCACAUGUUUGAGCGUCAGUCAGACCCAGACUCAGGAGGUUGUUGCGAACUAAAUUCAGUGAUUACCGGACAUAUCAGAACGGUUAGCGUAGUUAGCAUCUUUUAUUAGUUUAUGUUGUUUGUUAGCUUGUAACUGGCAAUGGCUGACACAGUGUUAGAGAUUGUGCUAAUGCUAACUCUCUCGCUCUCCGUACUGACAAGGUUUCAGGUUAUCUAGCCCCGCCCCCUGCCCCCACGAGUUGACAGGAUUGGUUCCUUAGGUUUGUGACGUAUGAAACCCUGGCUGUCUGAAUCUGUUUUUAUGAGACUGUCAUUGAUUCACUGCAGGUCUAGGCGGAAACACUCAGUCAUGGUGUUGAUGAUUAUUUCACUCAUCAUAUGUCUGUAUUAUAUAAAAACUUCAUAUGGAUGUUAACAAGGUUCAAACUUGAUUUGCAUUGUAGUGGUCAUUAACUAUAUGUUUGUCUUCUGUUAUUAUAUCUCAGAGAUCUUUGUUUUGUUUUUCAAGAAAGAAAAUGUAUUAAAGUGAUGAACACAAUACAGUAAUCUUAAAAAAAUCAAGUGAUCAAUUCAAAUAGAUGAAGAGAAUAAUGUAACAAUGGAACCUGUAAUCUGUUGUUUGGUCUGUGUACGUCUUAUAUUUGUUCUUUCUGUUUAGUUUCCAGGAUUUAUCGAGUGGAUAUGUAAACAAUGUCAAUCAAUAAACCAUUUUUCCA